AUGGUGACCGUCAUGUCACAUGAACCCGUCUCGUCUCGCAGCGACAUUCUGACAGAGAUCCGUGUCAACCUGCUGGAGUGGAAAGGAACCUCUGGAUGUCGAGCACUCCCUGAUCUCCAAGAGGUCCUGUGCUCGCGGGGUCAUCCCAGGCCACCUGCUCACCAUCCAGAAAUAAACCCGACUGAAGGCCUGGGCUCCAGGCCACUGUGUCUUCAUUCAGAGUUUUGGGGGGAUAGAGAUCAUCGUGGGGCACGACGACGCAGGAGACGGGACGGUCUUGGGUUCCCGAGGCUGUCCUGUGGUGAUCACAUUGAUGUUGAUGCCCGGGGACGGGUUUUGUUGACGGACGCCCAGUUGGGAACCCUAAACCAGCUGGUGUUGGACUCCAGUGGUUGUGAGACACCUGACGUGCUGCAGGGUUUCAGGAAACAAGGCUGUUGUGGAGCAUCUUGGGAGAGGUGGAGAUGUGACGGUGGGGGACACACCGAGGGGAACGGUGUGGCGUUUGGGAAAGGGGCAGUCUGUGACGCCCGUGUGAACCCCGCCGGUGAAUGGACUGAUGCUUCUCACAGUACUGCCUUCGACAGACUCAAAUGUGCUGAUUGUUCUGGACGGAGGAGAUCACACGGAUGCACCUGUUCCCAGAAUGCACCUGUUCUACAGAAACUGUGAUCGUAAUAAAUAAAAGUCCCUCAAACAUAAAUGGGAAACACUUUAUAAUACUUUCUUUAAUAAAUCAUUAACAAACAUUAUAUAACGCUCAACAGAUCAUUAGUUAAUUAUGUUCA